AUGGGGGACUGGAACCUGCUGGGGAAGUUGUUGGAGAAAGCUCAGGAACACAGCACCGUAGUGGGAAAGGUCUGGCUCACGGUCCUCUUCAUCUUUAGGAUCUUGGUCCUGAGCGCCGCAGCAGAGAAGGUGUGGGGGGACGAGCAGUCGGGGUUCACCUGUGACACCAAGCAGCCUGGAUGUGAGAACGUCUGUUAUGACAUCACCUUCCCCAUCUCUCACGUCCGCUUCUGGGUCCUCCAGAUCAUCUUUGUCUCCACGCCCACCCUCAUUUACCUGGGUCAUAUAUUACACCUGGUGAGGAUGGAGGAGAAACAGAAGCAGAGAGAGAAGGACGCAGAGCGGGCCGGGGAUAAACCACCCUUGCUGGAGACCAAGGCCUGUAAGGCCCCGGUGAGGGACGACAAGGGUAGGGUUCGACUGAAGGGGGAACUACUCAGGACCUACGUGUUCAACGUCAUCUUCAAGACGCUGUUCGAGGUGGGCUUCAUCGUCAUGCAGUACCUGCUCUACGGCUUCCAGCUGCAGCCCAUGUACACCUGUGACCGCUCGCCCUGCCCCAACACAGUCAACUGUUACAUCUCCCGACCCACAGAGAAAACCAUCUUUAUCAUCUUCAUGCUAGUAGUGGCCAUUUUGUCUCUGUUCCUCAACCUGAUAGAGAUGUACCACCUGGGGUCCACUAAGUGUCGCCAGGGCAUCAAGUACCACCGGGAGGAUCUGAGCUCAGACUCCAAGGAGCCCAGCGAGGUGGACGAGGCAGUACCCUACGCUCCCAGCUACGACCCCUACCACGGAGGCCAGCCAGCCUACCAGGUCCAGUCGGCAUACCCUCCUGUCCCCAGCUACAACAUGUCCCCUCUAUCUGAGGAGACUGACUCCACCUACCAGCCCUACCACAACAAGGCAGCCUACAAGCAGAACAAGGACAACUUGGCGGUGGAGAGGAGUGGCAGCAAGCAGCCGGACGAGGAGGGGGACUUGAAAGGGAAGAAAGGCGGAGGAGAAACAUGGGGGGGAUCGGAGCCAGGUUCCCCAUCUCUAGCCCGGGCUGGACGCACCGCUGCUAAACACGGCAACAACAAGACCAGAAUAGACGAUCUGAAGAUCUGAGAGGGGCUUAGGUUGCUGUGACGAUGUCUCAGGUUCCU